AUGAAAUUCCAUCCGCUCGUUACCAAGACCCUCCCCUGGCCCUGGACCUACUAUCGAUCCGGUGGCUGUUUGCUGAGGUACGGUGGAAGCGAUAAGUAUAGUACACAACACGGGACUCCCGAUCAGCCCCUGCACAACUCCUGCCCCUCCCACACGCUUCGGUUGCUGGUUGUAUGCAAACAGGAGUGGCGCCUCAGGUCUUCUUUAGUCGGGUGUCGUCGGAACCUGAUUAUCUGCGAGGCAGGGAGGGGUCUGAGAGAGUUCAUCUAA